UCUCCCCAUAGGCAGAAGCAUUCUCCCUUCGAGCAGCCAGUAUCAACGGGCAGAACGGCUUGAGGAGCCCGGGCGGCGCUGCCUUGAGGGCCCCGAAGGAUGGCUUAUAGGAGCAAGUGGUCCCAGAGGAAGAAGAAAGGCCCUAAGCUUGAACUCAGCCCCGCUCAAAAGCAGCAGAUGCGCGAUGCCUUCGACCUGCUGGAUUCCGACGGCACCGGGACCAUCGACGUGAAAGACCUGAAGGUGUCCAUUCGGGCCCUGGGCUUUGAACCCACCAGAGAAGAGAUCAAGAGGAUCGUGGGCGAAGUGGAUAAAGAAGGCUCGGGGAAGAUCGGCUUCGACGCUUUUUACUCCGUGAUGACCAAGAAGAUGUCCGAAACGGAUCCCAAAGAGGAGAUCCUGAAAUCCUUCAAGCUGUUCGAGGACCCGGAAAGGGGCAAGAUCGCCUUUAAAGACCUCAAGCGCGUCGCCUCCGAAAUUGGGGAGAAACUGACGGACGAGGAGCUGCAGGAAAUGAUCACCGAAGCGGACCUGAAUGGAGACGGGGAAGUGAGCGAGCAGGAGUUUCUGAUGAUCAUGAGGAAACACGGCUACUAGCCUAAUGGCCUCCUUGUACUCGUCCUCCUCUCUGCCCUUCCCGGCUUCCUUGAGAGCACCUGCAAAUAGUGUUGGGGAGCCCCUCACUUUCCUCCAGCCACCUUCCUCCUCCUCCUCCUCUCUCAGGCAGAAACUCUCACAGGUUAAAGUCAAGGGUGUGGGGAGGGGCGGCUGUAAUUCAUUGCUGGAACAUUAAAUGUGGUUCACCAGAAGAAGAAGAAGAAAGAAUUCUCCCUCCUCCUGCUCAACCUUGCUCUUUCUGUUUUCAGUGAAUAAACAUACCAGUUUUAGACUC